AUGAACCUUGCACUUAUUGGAAGCGUCGCACUGCCGGUGGUGGUGGGUUCCGUGUCGGGCUUCGUGUACAGCGUCCACCGCGAGGAGACCAAGAGCUGGUACAACGCCCUACGCAAGCCCUCCUUCAACCCGCCCAGCUGGCUCUUCCCUCCCGUCUGGACCGGCCUCUACAUGAGUAUGGGCUACGCCGCGUACCUGGUCGGGAAGGAGGGCGGGUGGGAGCGUCAAGCGGUGCCUCUGGCGCUGUACGGGACGCAGCUGGCCCUCAAUGUCGCCUGGUCGCCGCUCUUCUUCGGCGCCAAGAAGCUGGGCGCCGCCCUGGUCGACAUCGGGCUGCUUGACGUUGCCGUGGCUGCCACAGCCUACAGCUUCUAUGGCGUGAACGAGACUGCGGGUCUGCUGAUGGUGCCCUACCUGGCCUGGAUCUCCUUCGCUACGCUCCUCAACUACCAGAUCUGGGACAUGAACACCAUCAAGGCCAAGCCCGAGUAG